CGUGCAAGAAUAUCAAUAUAUACUGUACAUUAAAAGAAAAUUGCUAGAAAACCAAUUUUUAACUUUAAAUUUUUCUAUUUCGUACUAAAUUUUCACCACAAAAUAUAAGAGAAAUUCAAUUAUUUUGUAUUUAAAUUGAUGUAUUUUUUGGGGGAGGAUCAGUUUGUCGAUUACCUCUACGAAGAAGAUACCACAUUCAAAAAUACUGUAUAUGAGGAUCAUUGUUAUUGCUAGAAGUGCAUUUUUUCCACAUAAUAAACUAUAAUAUCAGUUAAUAGGAACAGGACAUAUAAACACAAACAGCUGUUAUUCAAAAACGUUUCCAAUGAACGAUUCCAACGACCUCUAGCGGUGUUCUAUUACUGAAUUUACGAAAUAAUUUCUAAAUUUAGUUAAGACGAUUUAAUAGCUUAUAUGGACGAUAAACAUGGAUUAAAUAUUUCUGUCCAAUCAGAUAAAAUUAGCCGUAUUCGUUGGACGACUACCGAGAGUCGAAGUAAACGGAAUGUAUGUAUCUUUAUUAAUGGCCAUGAAAUGCACCGUAAUGCCCUCUAGAGGAGCACUUUUACGUGUUCAAGAUUGAACAUUUUUUUUGAUAUUUAUUAUUAAAUAAAAUAUCUGAAAUCAUGGUUUAAGACGUUAUAAUGUUUGUAAUCAGAAAUGCAAAAUUUAAGAAUAUAAAGUAACGCUUUUAUGUAAAAUACAGUAAUAGAAAAAUGUGUUAGUUGCAAUUGUGAAUCCUUGUGGACCCCAUUUUAGCAACAAAAGAACUGUUACCAUAGCCUCAGUUAAAGUGACUCAACAGUCUAAGUAGGACAAACUAUUCAAACCGUUUUAUUAUUUAAUAUAGUCUACUACCCUGAAAAUUGACGUUAUCAGAAAUAUGCCUAAGAGUACUAAAUAUAAACAAGAAAUACAAGUAAAAUGGGAUACAAAAAAAAGAAAAAGUGAUGUAUCAAAUAAUUUAGAACAAAAUAUAAGUUCUUCAAAAAGAACAUCAAAUCGAAUGAUUAAACGUAAAUCACUAGACUAUGACAACAAACCCCAAGUUCAGACAAAAAUUCAUCGUCGAUGUGAAAAAUCAGGUUGUGCAGCUACAAUUCCCAUUUGUUUUGCAUCUGCAACUGACAGGUGUGCAGGAAAUGGAUAUACCUCUCGUUGGUAUCAUAUGUCUUGUGGAGAGCAUUACUGUAAUGAAUGUUUUGACUACUUUUAUCGAAGUCAUAAAGAUGGAUAUAAUAGUUACAUAACUUGGAAAAAUCUAUGGUCUGUAAAUGGUAAAACAGAAUCAACACUGAAAGCUUUUAUGGCAGACCAAAUGUUACCAUAUUGGGUAAAGUGUGUUCUACCAGAUUGUCAGAAAUGGCGACAGUUGUCUAAAGACAUUGAAUUGACUUCAGAUUUAAUACAAAAAUUUUGCUGUAGAAUGGUAAAUCACAAUGAUAAGAAAGAUUUUGAAGCAUGUUCUGUUCCAGAAGAUACAAGAGCUGCUGAUUCAAUUCAGCCAAUAUGGAUUGCUUACUUGACACAUCCACCUUUGUUAAAAAAUUCUCCUUCGGCACAAUAUCUUCAGAAAUAUUAUUAUGAUGGUGUAGGGAUGAGCCCAACUAGUAUUGGCUUUUUAAAAGAACAAAUUUCAGACAGUUCAACUGAAAACCAGAACACAGAUAAUCAAGUUUUGAAUAAUGUAAUUGCUUUAUGGAAUCUCAAUCCACAGGAAUGGUUAACAAUGAAAAAAGUUACAGAGCACCUUAUAUGUCGAGGAUUAGCACGAAUUCGCUGUUUAUAUGAAGCAGAAAGAAUAUUGAAAUACUUUACUAGAAGAGGAAUUGUAAAUUUUGGAAUAGUCAUUCCACCUGUAGAUUAUAAAUAUUUCUCAAUUCCACCUGAGGAAAAUGUCAUAGUAAUUGGAGCUGGAAUUUCAGGAAUAGGAGCAGCUCGGCAUAUUUGUAAUCUAGGAAUUCAGGUUCAAGUUUUGGAAGGAAGAGAUAGAAUUGGUGGAAGAAUAUGGGAUGAUAAAUCACUUGGUGUAAUUGUAGGAAAAGGAGCACACAUAGUGACAGGUGUUAUUAAUAAUCCUUUAACUGUAAUUGCUGAGCAGGUUGGUGUCAAGAUGAGAUUUAUUAAUCAUGAAAAAUGUGAUUUAUAUGAUGACAAUGGCGCUCCUACAUCUGUUGCUAUUGAUCAAAGAGUUGAAUUUCACUUUAAUGCUAUGUUAGAUGCAGUUGCACAAUGGCGAAAAGGACAGAUACAUGAUAUAAAUUUAUAUGAUAAACUAUUAGAAAUGCACAACACUUUUCUUGAAGAAACUGCUUUAAAAUUUACUGAUAAAGAAGAAAAUUUAUUGCAAUUUCAUAUUAGCAAUUUAGAAUAUGCAUGUGGAAGUAAUCUUCAUUUUGUAUCUGCUCUUCAUUGGGAUCAUAAUGAUGUUUAUCCUCAGUUUGCUGGAGAUCACACUAUUCUUCAGUGUGGCUACAUGACAUUAUUAGAAAGAUUAAUUAAUGGGUUAAAUAUAUCUUUCAAGAAAACAAUUAAAAAAAUUGAUUAUUCUGAAGAUAAUGUUAAAAUUACCACUGAAGAAGGAGAGAAAUUCACUGCUUCUAAAGUUUUAGUUACUAUUCCUUUAGCAGUAUUGCAAAAAGAACAAAUUGAAUUUGUUCCACCUCUUCCACAAAAAAAGACUUGGGCCUUAAGGAAUUUAGGUGCUGGAUUAAUUGAAAAGAUUGUUCUUCAAUUUCCAGUGAGAUUUUGGGAUAAAAAAAUUCAAGAUGCCGAUUUUUUUGGUCAUAUCCCAACAUCUGCUGAAAAACGUGGUCUUUUUUCAGUAUUUUAUGAUCUUUCCCCUCAAAAUAAAACUCUGGAUGGAAACUGUCAUGUUUUAAUGUCAUAUGUUAGUGGUGAUAUGGUGUCAUAUAUAUCAGAUAAAAGUGACUCUGAAAUUAUGGAAAUGUGUAUGGAAAUAUUAAGAUCAGUAUUUAAUGAGGAAAAUGUCCCUGAUCCAACAGCGUGGUUUGUGACAAAUUGGAGAAAUGAUCCAUAUUCACAUAUGGCUUAUAGUUAUAUAUGCACUGGUGGAAGUGGAGAUGCUUAUGACUUCUUAGCUGAAGAGUUAGAUGAAAAAUUAUAUUUUGCUGGUAAAAAUCAGAAAGCACUAAGUCUGGACAAUGUACAGGAAGUUAUGAUAAUGCAACUUCCCGUACUGCAUGUCAGACAUUUCUCAGAUGAUGAUGAAGUUAAAGAUGCGGUCAUGGACUUUUUCAACCCAUUAAUAAGUGGAGAAUUUUUUCAGAAAGGAAAUUUUGCUCUUGUCUCCUUCUGGGGAAAAGUGUUUAGAAAAGAAUGGUAA